ACAAUAAAAGGCGCGCUUUCUCCAAAUCGCUAAGACGGUGCGUUUUAGCAUUCGUCGCUUCGUUCGCCGCGACCACCAUCCCCUUCUCCUUCUCUCCUCUUGACUCCGCCACUCUGAUCUCAAAACUUUUCGAAGCACAAAAUUAACGUUUCGUCAUUCUGAAUCCGGAAUCAAACAAGUUUCAAUUUCUCUUUUCUUUUUUUGUGAAUUCAAAUUCCAUUAAAAAAAAAAAAUCGAUUUGUAUUUUUGCUUUUUCAAAAUUUUGAUUAGGAGUUAGGGUUUUUCUUUUUUUUUUUGUCUUUUUUUUUUUGGGAUUUCUCUCUGUCGUUACCGAGAAAUUUUCAAAUCCUACGGAGAUCCUUGCUCUGCCCGAUUUUCACCCCUCGUCGAAUCACGGUAUUAGGGUUAGGGUUUCUUGUGGUCAUUAGAGAGACAAAGAUGUAUGCUGAUCGAGUAGAGGAUGAAACUAAGAGAUCGGUAAAGGAGCGUCUUAAUGGCAGUAUCAAAGGCGACUCUAUGCGCCGCCGCCAAGCCAUCGGAAAGAGGCAGAGACAGGAUGACAAGUGGGAACACGAUCUUUAUGAGGGUGAUGAAUAUCAAGUUUCAAGCAAAGUUGAUUCUCGAGAUCUUCGUUUAAAGCUCCAGAGGAAAAGUCUCCAGCAAACAACUGUAAGAGGUGCUUUUUCAGGUGUAAGGGAUCUACGUGAAAAGCUAUCUGGGACCAUGCACCCACAACCUGUGAAUAUUCAUCAACAGAAGCCGAAGGUGGAACCUGCCAGGCUACCGGGUAAAAGUGUUGCUUCUGAAAUCCUUGCACCAGAGACUAAAAAGGUUGUCAACCCACCUCCUAGAAAGAAAUCUUCGCAUAAGGUCAAUGCAUCAGUGGAUGAAUUUCUUCAGUCCUUGGGUCUUGAAAAAUAUUCCAUUACAUUUCAAGCAGAGGAAAUUGACAUGACAGCUCUUGUACACAUGUCUGAUGAAGACCUAAAGGCCAUAGGAAUUCCGAUGGGGCCAAGAAAGAAGAUACUUUUAGCAUUGGAAUCAAGAGCCUGAAAUCUGGGUGUGGGAUAUGAUUGUUGCCUGAUAUCUUCAUGUACUUGUUAUAUGGCACUCGAACUUUAGCAGGCUGCUUGUGAUUUGAUUGGCGUGCCAGGCUGCAUGCAACUUUUUCUUCCCUUUAACUUUAUAGGGAUUCGUUUAACGCUGGUUGUAUUGCCAGAUUGGUUUCAGGGAGCCAUCUCACAUUUAACGAUGUGAAAUUUAACCCUUUUUAAUGAAUUUAUCUCAUUGUUGGUAA